AAUUGCUUGCAGACAGAUUACCACUUCGAGUACACAGAGUGCGACAGCAGUGGCUCCAGAUGGAGGGUGGCUGUCCCAAAUCCGUCGGUGGAGUGCUCUGGACUACCUGACCCGGUGAAAGGGAAGGAAUGCACUUUCUCCUGUGCUUCUGGUGAGUACCUGGAGAUGAAGAACCAGGUGUGCAGCAAAUGUGCCGAAGGGACCUACUCGCUGGGCAGCGGGAUCAAGUUUGACGAGUGGGAUGAGCUGCCGGCAGGAUUCUCCAACGUGGCGACUUUCAUGGACACGGCGGUUGGCUCGGCUGAGGGUAAAGCCGACAGCUGCAACAACUCUUCGUGGACACCUCGAGGGAAUUACAUUGAGUCGAACAGGGAUGAUUGCACAGUUUCUCUCAUCUACGCUGUGCACCUCAAGAAAUCUGGUUCUGUCUUCUUCGAGUACCAGUAUAUCGACAACAACAUCUUCUUUGAAUUUUUUAUACAAAAUGACCAGUGCAAAGAGAUGGAGUCUACAGCAGACAAGUGGGUGAAGCUAACAGACAAUGGGGAAUGGGGCUCUCAUUCUGUAACUCUGAAAUCAGGUAGCAAUAUCUUAUACUGGAGAACAACAGGGAUUCUCAUGGGGUCUAAAGUAGUGAAACCAGUUCUGGUGAAAAACAUCACAAUUGAAGGAGUUGCAUAUACAUCUGAAUGCUUCGCAUGCAAGCCUGGUACCUUCAGUGACAAACCAGGUUCAUCUGGCUGCCAGGUGUGCCCAAGAAAUACUUAUUCUGAGAAAGGAGCUAAAGAGUGCACCAAGUGUACAGAAGAACUGUAUUACGCAGAUGAGGGAUCCAGUGCAUGUAUAGCGCGUCCUCCAUGCACAAACAAAGACUUUUUCCAGAUCCAUACCCCGUGUGAUAAGGAAGGAAAAACUCAGAUCAUGUACAAAUGGAUUGAACCCAAGAUCUGCAGAGAGGAUCUCCCUGAUGCAUUGACCCUACCUCCUUCUGGAGAGAGGAAGGAUUGUCCACCCUGCAAUCCUGGCUUCUACAACAACGCCUCAUCUUCUUGUACUCCUUGCCCACCAGGCACAUUUUCAGAUGGGACACAGGAGUGCAGAGCCUGCCCUGCUGGAACUGAACCAGCUCUUGGGUUUGAAUACAAGUGGUGGAACAUCCUGCCCGGCAACAUGAAGACAUCUUGCUUUAAUGUCGGCAACUCAAAGUGUGAUGGGAUGAACGGUUGGGAGGUGGCUGGUGAUCACAUCCAGAGUGGGGCAGGAGGCUCUGACAAUGACUAUCUUAUCUUGAACCUGCACAUCCCAGGAUUCAAACCUCCGACAUCAGUGACAGGAGCAACUGGGUCAGAACUAGGACGGAUUACUUUUAUUUUUGAGACCAUCUGUUCAGCAGAUUGUGUGCUGUACUUUAUGGCAGAUGUUAACCGAAAAAAUACCAAUGUGGUGGAAUCAUGGGAAAGAAGUAAAGAGAAACAAUCCUACACUCACAUUAUCUCCAAAAAUGCUUCCUUCACGUUCACCUGGGCCUUUCAGAGAAUAAACGAGGGCCAAGAUAGCAGACAGUUCAUCAAUGACAUGGCAAAGAUCUACUCCAUCACAGUGACCAACGCAGUGGAUGGAGUCGCCUCCUCUUGCCGGGCCUGUGCACUGGGCUCCGAGCAGUCUGGCUCAUCCUGUGUGCCCUGCCCAGCAGGACACUACAUCGAGAAGGAGACCAGCCAAUGCAAGGAAUGUCCGCCCAACACCUUCCUGUCCAUCCACCAGGUCUACGGCAGGGAGGCCUGCAUCCCGUGUGGGCCUGGCAGCAAGAGCAACAAGGACCACUCUGCCUGCUUCAGUGACUGCCUGGUGUCGUACAUCAAGGAUAACCAGAGCCUGAAUUAUGAUUUUAGCAACCUCAGCCAGGUGGGCUCAUUGAUGAGUGGACCCAGCUUCACCUCCCGAGGGACCAAGUUCUUCCACUUCUUUAACAUCAGCCUGUGUGGGAAUGAGGGGAAGAAGAUGGCUAUUUGCACUGACAAUAUCACAGAUGUUACUCUGAAGGACAUGGUUGCAGAAUCAGAAGAUUUUUCCAACUUUGUGGGAGCUUUUGUCUGUCAGUCCACCAUCAUCCCGUCAGACAGCAAGGGUUUCCGAACAGCCCUGGCCCUGCAGUCCAACAGCCUUGCUGACAGGUUCUUAGGAGCUACUGUUGAAACAAUGCUGGACAAUAUCAGCAUCAAGACAGAUAUGUUUCCUCCCUCUCCAAGCAAAACACCUGAUGUGCAUUUCUUUUACAAGUCCUCAACAGUGACAACCUCCUGUGAAAAUGGCCGUGCAACUGUUGUGACAAUGAGAUGCAACCCCAACAAACCAGACCAAGGAGAGCUUUCUGUGCCUAG